AUGGCGACCAAAAAGGUUCUGAUGCUGUCUGUGGAUGCGCCAUCUCCUGUCGGUCUGAAUCCAAUGUCGCUAGCACCAGACGACAGAAGAAAGAGUCUGUUCCCUGUGGCGGACUCCAGAAGAAGCAGCGUCUUCCAAAUGGGCAAUAUACUUUCCACUAAGAAAGCGUCCAAGAAAUUAGGAAAGUCCGACAAGCGCGAAACAUCGCCCUUCCAGCCGGCCAUCAAUUACGAGCCUACCUAUCGUAUGGAACCGAGCGCCAAGUUUCAAUCUCACACGGUUCGCAAUAUUCUCAAGUGCACCCUGGACGAACGACUCGAAGAGUUCCAGUACAAUGCCAAGAUGGCGCCCACGAUGAGCCAGGUCCUGACGGAUGAAAUCAAGGAACGGACGAAGCAGCUCUGUAUGGACAGGUACAAGAUCAUAGUGACAGUCAUCCUCGGGGAGAAGAGGGACCAGGGAGUCAUGGUAACGAGUCGGUGUGCAUGGGAGCCCAAGUUCGACAGCUAUGCAACGUACUCCUACCAGAACAAAACCAUCUUCUGUACCGCUACGGCGUAUGGAAUUUAUAUGGAUUGA